UUUUCUUACUUGAUUAGUCCAUGGUUUAUUUGGGUAAGUUCUGGUGUGAAUGAAUUAUGAGUUUAUUUAUGUGUUUUUUCAUCUGGAUGAAUUUUUCAGAAUUGCUUGGCAAUGUGGUCAUGAGUACUUCUUACGUGGUGUUCUGAAUUUUUUGUUUUUCUGGUUCUUUUUUCCAUGAAGACUUCAGAAACUUUACAGGCUCCAAGGAUGAAGAAAUUUAUUUCUAAUUCAAAGGAUUUUUUUUUUUUCUUCUUUUUCUGCAAAUGAAUCAUUUAGGUUUCAUAUGUGAAAAUUAGUAGUUUCUUACACGUGGGUAUGAAAUCUUAGGGUUAUUCUAUUUUCAUUUCUUCUACUUUCUAGAGUUUAGGGCUCUUUUUGUAAGAAGAGGUGCACUUUUUUUUCUCUACUUGAUGAAGCAACAUUAUCUUGUGACAUAUUUUAUUCAUUUGUUCCUUUGUUAUUCUCUUUGUGUCUAGUUGUUUUCUACUUUCCCCUUUAUUUUCACUUUUUUUUAUCCUAAUUUCUUGUGCUCCUCUUUGAUUUGUUGUCCACUAGAGUUUAACUCUAACAGAUACUUGCAAACCAUUAUGUUAGUGCUUAGUUUACAGGUGACAUAUAAUUAAGCAGUGGUGAUCGUGGUACAAUAGGAGGCCAUUUGUGACAAUGAGAGGAACAUUACCUUGUUUUAUGUGAAAUGAAGAAGGUCAUCAGGUCUCCAAUGUUCUUCAUGCACUGGCUGCUUAUUGGUUCAUUGUGAUUGUUUUAUGUGUAUACUUUCAGAACAUUAGGAUUCAAAAUUAUAUAAGUGCACAGGUUUUUAAAAGAUCGAGCCAUCAAGCCUGUUCUCUAGGAGUAACCCACUUAAUGAAGAGAUGCAUAAAGAAAUGGUGAUCAUCAUUAUUCAAUAUCCUCCCUUCAGUUGGAUUAGUAUCCUACCUCCACAAGAGAAUUAUGGCAGUUUCUCUGAUCAAAUUUCAGGGAUCAUGGUGGCAGGAGCUGCUGGACUGAUUCUUGCAGCUGGUGUUGCAUUUGCAUCAGUAUCACUAAAGAAGAAAACAGGUUUGAAAGAGCAGAUGCGACCCCUGACAGCGGAGCAAGAAAUUUUGUUAGCUUCAGAUGAUCAAAAAGAAACUGAUGAGGUCAAGGAUAUCACAAUGCCAUCAUCAAAUGAAGAAAACCCAAAUCCCAACUUUGCAGUAACCUCGCCUCCAGCAGAUCCUAAUACAGGUACAGAUCAGGAUCCUCCACUUCAUGAAGAACUUACGAACUCUACUGCUGAAAGCAGUAUCAAUGGUUAUGACCAAAUGGGGGUUACUUCUAAGAUUGAAAAUUUUGAAUCUGAAGUGUCAAAAUCUGAUCCAGUUAUGUCCAAUCUUGAUAUUGAAGCUACUGACCCAGUCUCACCAGUUUCACCUCAGAUAGUUGUUGAUGAUUUAAGUCCUAGCUCUCUUGAUGUGUCUGAAUCCGAUCAAGUUCAGUAUCCUGAUUCUUCUAAUGUGGAGGAUUCAUAUGGGACCAAGGGUUCCAAGAGUUUGGACCAAGGUGCUGAACAAAGUUCGGGUGUUGUCUACCCUGUUGAAACACCUGUUUCUGGGACUAGUGCAUUGAAUACUCACCCCCAAGACUUAGAUUCUGCAUUAAAUGAAAGUGAAUCCCCAGAGUUUCCAAGUUUGGGCACUUCCAGUUCUCACGAUCAACUCCCUACAAACCCUUUAGCUUUAAACUCUUCAGUCCCUUUAGAAUCAUCCAGUGGUCAAGAUCCUACUGUUGAACCCGAAAUUGUUGAGACAAGGACUCCCAUUUCGGAGAGGGACCAAAGUGAAGGCAUUUUAGUUCCUGUGGAAGGGAGUUAUCAAUAUGAAAAUGUGCAUUUGGAAACAGCUGAAAUACCAAGACAAGCUGACCUGUUUGAAAAUGAACAACACAAAAAUGGCUUUAAGGAAACCAAUGCAAGCGACUCGUCUCUUGAAUCAUCAGUUCCUGAAAGUUCCUUUGCCUAUCCUGGCAUACCUGCUCCAUCUUUGGUUUCUGCAGUUUUACAGGUGGCUCCGGGGAAAGUUGUGGUUCCCGCCAUAGUUGACCAGGUUCAGGGGCAGGCAUUGGCAGCAUUACAAGUCUUAAAGGUUAUUGAGUCUGAUGUUAAAGCAAGCGACUUGUGUAGUCGUCGGGAGUAUGCUCGUUGGCUUGUCGCAGCAAGCAGUGCUCUCUCAAGGAGCUCAAUUUCAAAAGUCUAUCCAGCAAUGUAUAUUGAGAACGUUACUGAUCUUGCGUUUGAUGAUAUCACUCCUGAAGACCCUGAUUUUCCAUACAUCCAAGGCCUAGCUGAAGCUGGACUUAUUUCAAGCAAGCUUACGAGUUCCGACCUGCUUAAUACUCCAAAAAGGGAGCCAGGUGGUUUCAUCUUUUCCCCUGACAGCCCAUUGUCACGCCAAGAUCUUGUGAGCUGGAAGAUGGCAUUAGAGAAAAAACAGCUUCCAGAAGUCAACAGAAAGGUUCUUUACCAACGCACUGGAUAUAUGGAUGUUGAUAAGAUAAAUCCGGAUGCCUGGCCUGCCCUUGUAGCUGACAUUUCUGCUGGAGAUCAAAGCAUUACAGCACUUGCUUUUGGCUAUACACGACUAUUUCAGCCUCAGAAGCCUGUCACUAAAGCACAAGCUGCCAUUGCACUAGCCACUGGUGACGCAACGGAAUUUGUUACUGAGGAGCUCACUCGUAUUGAAGCAGAGUCAUUAGCUGAGACAGCUGUGGCAGCUCAUACUGCUCUAGUGGCUCAAGUUGAGGAGGAUCUUAAUGCAACCUUUGAAAUGGAGCUUGCCUUGGAAAGGGAGAAGAUAGAUGCAGUCGAGAAAUUAGCUGAAGAGGUCAGAGUUGAACUGGAAAAUAUCAAAGCUGAGAGAGACAAAGAAAAUAGUCAGCUGAUGAUGGAAAGGGAUUUAAUUGAAUCUGAAAUUGUUGCUAUUUCCAAAUUAAGGCAUGAUGUGGAAGAACAGUUACAAAACCUUAUAAGUGACAAGAUGGAGAUCUUGUUUGAGAAGGACAAGCUGAAUGGACUUAGGAAAGCAACAGAGAGUGAAAACCAGGCCCUUGUUCAGUUACAGUAUGAGUUGGAAGUUGAGAGGAAGGCAUUAUCCAUGGCGAGGGCAUGGGCCGAGGAUGAGGCGAAAAGGGCACGAGAACAUGCAAAGGCGCUGGAGGAUGCAAGAGAGCGAUGGGAAAGGCGAGGCAUUAAAGUAAUUGUGGAUGAGGAGCUAAGCAUGGAUGCCCUUGAUGAACUUACUUGGACAAGUUCUGAGAAAUUUGGGGGAGAGAUUUCAGUAAGUCAAACGGUAGGCAGAGCGGAGUCCCUAAGGGAGAAGCUCAAGGCUAUGGCAAAUGAGGUAAGUGGAAAAUCACAAGAAAUAAUUGAAAAAAUAAUAAGAAAAAUAGAGUUCAUCAUCACUUCUCUAAAGAGAUACACAAAUGCGGGUGUACAAAAGAGCAGAGAGUUCUAUGGUGCCACUGUUUCAAUGGUGGGCAAAACUGCUCAAGACUUAUGCCAGAGUUCGCAGAAUGUGGGGGCGAAAGUUGGGGGGUUUUUGAAUAGUGGUAAAGAAAAUGUUGGCAGUUUCUUGCGAGAUGGGACAAAGAAGAUCACUGAGGAAUGCCGAGAAGGGAUGGAGAAGUUCUCACAGAAGUUUAAGACAUGA